AUGAAGAGGAGGUUAGAACUCAAUGAUCAAGCUGGGAUUAAUGUGAGUAGAAAUUUUCGAUCCUUGGUCGGUGAAGCAAAUGGGUAUGAGAAUCUCACAUUUGGAGAAAAAGACUGUAGAAACCACAUAGACAAAGUAAGACGAUUACGACUUGGGACAGGAGAUGCUGAAGCAAUACAAAAAUACUUUGUUAGGAUGCAAAAGCAAAAUAGUCAAUUUUAUUAUGUAAUGGACGUCGAUGAUGAAAGUCGGUUACGAAAUGUGUUUUGGGCAGAUGCAAGAUGUAGGGCCGCAUAUGAAUAUUUUGGCGAAGUCAUAUCUUUCGACACCACUUACUUAACAAAUAAAUAUGACAUGCCUUUUGCUCCUUUUGUUGGAGUAAACCAUCAUGGUCAGUCGAUGUUGCUGGGUUGUGCUCUGUUGUCAAAUGAGAAUACUGAAACUUUUACUUGGUUGUUUAAGACUUGGUUAGAAUGUAUGCAUGAACGUUCUCCAAAUGUCAUAAUCACUGAUCAAGACGGAGCAAUGAAAAAGGCAAUUGAGGUUGUCUUUCCGAAGGCUCGUCAUCGGUGGUGCUUAUGGCAUUUAAUGAAAAAGAUUCCAGAAAAGUUUGGUAAACACUCUGACUACGAGUCUAUCAAAACACUUUUGCAUGAUAUUGUAUACGAUUCUUUUAGCAAAAGUGAUUUUAUGAUGAAGUGGGAAAAUAUGAUUGAGUGUUACAAGCUACAUGACAAUGAAUGGUUGAAAGGGAUAUUUGUUGAACGGCAUCGUUGGGUUCCUGCAUAUGUAAGGGACACAUUUUGGGCUGGAAUGUCAACUACACAACGAAGUGAAAGUAUGAACUCAUUUUUUGAUGGAUAUGUGACCUCAAAGACAACACUGAAGCAAUUUGUUGAGCAGUAUGAUAAUGCAUUGAAAGAUAAAAUUGAAAAGGAAAACAUUGCCGACUUUCGUUCUUUUAAUACGGUUAUUGCUUGUAUUAGUCACUUUGGCUUUGAAUUCCAAUUCCAAAAAGCCUUUACCAAUGCAAAGUUUCAGGAAUUCCAAUUGGAAAUAGCUUCUAUGAUGUACUGUCAUGCAUGUUUCAACAGAUUGGAGGAUUUGGAUUCAAUAUUUUCUGUUACAGAAAGUAAGAAAGUAUAUGACAAGAUGAAAGAUAUUGUGUUCAUGGUGCUCUUCAAUGAAAAAGACUUCAUGUUAAAAUGCACCUGCCACUUGUUUGAAUUUAAAGGCAUUUUAUGUAGGCACAUCCUUUGUGUGCUUAAGCUCAUAGGGAAAACAGAUUUCGUGCCAUCUAAUUAUAUUUUGGCACGGUGGAGGAAAGAUAUAAAGCGGAGGUAUAUACUUAUUAAAUGUGGUUUUGAUAAUUUGGCUGGAAAAACUGAAUUGCAACGUGUUGAUAAAGCUUGUGACGCCUUUUAUGAAUUUGCUUCAACAAGGAUAAAUAGUGAAGAUGAUUUAGUGAAAGUGAUGAACUGGAUUCAAAACAUGAAAAUUGAGUUACCAUGUAAUGAAACAUCUCCUAGAAUUAUAGAAGAAGAUUGUUCAGUUCAAAGCCAAGCUACCAUUCUUGAUCCUAAACUGGCUCGAAGUAAAGGGCGUCCUCCUUCGAAAAGGAAGACAUCUAAAUUUGAUCAGAUUGUGAAGAAGAAGCUUGCACAAAAGAAAACUAAAAAGAACAACCAAAAUAGUAAAAAAACUCAAGGUCCUGAAGAGGGCCCAUGCAUAUCUAGAGGUCAAGAAAUUGAAUAUGAAGUGUGUUACAGAUCUCAACUUGGUGAUGGAAUUGGCACACAAGAGAGCAUUCAAGUAAACAAAGAAUAUUCUAGUCAAGUAAAUCAGGUGCAGAUAUAAGAUUCGUUGCUCUAU